GAGGCCGAAACGGAAGAUCACCCCAGCUGCCCCCUGAGGUUAGAGGAGGAAAAUGGCCUGAGCGAAGGCAAGCUGGAAUUCCUGUCCUUUUCUCCGGAGAUGGCGGCCGAGCAGUUCACCCUGAUGGAUGCUGAACUCUUCAAGAAAGUGGUGCCUUAUCACUGUCUCGGGUGCAUCUGGUCUCAGCGGGACAAGAAGGGGAAGGAACACUUGGCGCCCAGCAUCCGGGCCACUGUCUCCCAGUUCAACAGCGUCACCAAUUGCGUCAUUGCCACCUGCCUCGGGGACAGGAUGCUGAAGCCCCAGCAGAGAGCCAAAGUGGUGGAGCGAUGGGUCGAAGUUGCCCGGGAGUGCCGCAUCCUCAAGAAUUUCUCCUCCCUCCGCGCCAUCCUUUCUGCCCUCCAGUGCAACGCAGUUCACAGGCUGAAAAAGACCUGGGACGAGGUGUCGCGGGAGAGCUGCCGCAUGUUCCACGAAUUAUCCGAAAUUUUUUCGGACGACAACAAUCACUCGUUAAGCCGGGAGCUGCUUAUUAAGGAAGGGACUUCCAAGUUUGCCACACUGGAGAUCAACCCCAAAAGAGCGCAGAAGCGGCAGCAGCAGCAGCGAGAAAUGGGUGUAAUGCAAGGCACCAUUCCUUACCUGGGCACCUUUUUGACCGACCUGGUGAUGCUGGACACGGCCAUGAAGGAUUAUUUAGACGGCGGCCUGAUCAACUUUGAGAAAAGGAGGAAGGAGUUCGAAGUCAUUGUCCAGAUCAAGUUGCUUCAGUCGGCUUGCAAUAAUUACAGCUUCAAGAAGGACGAGCGGUUUGGGACGUGGUUUCACGGCGUGGAGCGGCUCAGCGAAGCCGAGAGCUACGGCCUUUCGUGUGAAAUCGAACCCUUGUCGGAGUCGGCCAGCAACACGCUGAAAGCCAAGAAGAACACAGGCAUCAUUAAGCGGUGGAGCGAGUAA